AUGAAGCUUCCCCUCAGUAUCUUGACAGGCGUAUGUGCCGCAACGUGCGCACUAGCCAGCACCUACCAGCCUAAAUUCCGUAUUUCUCCGAUCGACGGCUCGAAGAUUGCGUUGCCAACGAAGGAACAACUGGACUUCCAAGACAAAGAGAUCGGAGUCCUCAUACAUUUUGAGAUAGCUACGUAUCUUAGCAUUGAUGGCUGCAACAAUGUUCCCAACCUAGUGCCUAACCCAUCCUUGUUCGAUCCGACCUUGAUCAACACCGAUGCAUGGAUGGACACGACCACUGCGCUGGGUGCAAAGUAUGCUACUCUGGUUGCAAAGCACAACUGCGGAUUCACAAAUUGGCCGAGUGAAGUGACCUUUCAAAACCGGAAUAACGAAACAGUCCCCUACAACUAUACGAUCGCCCAAUCGCCGGUUAAGGGCAAGAAUGUCGUAAAGAGCUUCGUGGACUCGGCGCAAAAGUACAAUGUCGGACAUGGGCUUUACUACAGCGUUGUCGUGAACAACUAUCUGAAUGUACAAGAUUCCGAUGUUCGUGCCGGCUCUUGGGCCCCUGGUCAGGUGAAUAUUACCAACGGCACAUACGACCAAAUCGUCCUUGACCAGUUGAGCGAGCUAUGGAGGAAUUACGGAAGCUUGACCGAGAAGGACAAGAUUGAGAGUCUCUUGGAGGCAACCCAGCCCCAGGCGGUCAUUUUCAAUGGAUGCGAUACAGACGGUAACUGCCUAUCUGCUAAUUCAAUUCGAUGGAUUGGGACGGAAGAAGGACAGGCUCCAGAAGAGAAUUGGUCAAGCGGCGUGACCAACGAUGGCGGGGAUCCUAAAAGCCCCUACUUCUGCCCAGCCGAAUGCGAUACCACUUUGCAGACCGACGACCGUUGGUUCUUCGGCGUCGAUCAGCCGUUGCGAUCGAUCGAAGAAAUGAUCGAUGUCUAUCACAAAACCGUUGGCCGCAACUGUCUCCUGGAAUUGGAUCUCACCCCCGACCGAAGCGGACUGAUUCCGGCUAACUAUGCAGCUCGCUACAAGCAGCUGGGUGAUUUCAUCAGCUCCUGCUACGAGAAACCCGUCGGGUCACAUGCAGCACACAAUACAGACGAAAAUGAUGUAUACACCAUUAAGUUUGACUACCCGACCGCUAUUGAUCGCAUUGUGUUGAUGGAGGACCAGACGAAUGGCCAGGUGAUCCGGUCCUACCAGGUUCUGGCGAAGAUUGUUGAUAGCCAAGAUGCAAAUGGGACGCUGGCUGUGCCGUUUACUCUUGUAUCCAAUGGAACUAGUAUCGGUCAUAAGAAGAUUGAUAUCUUCCAGAAGGCCGUUUCUGUGACGGAGAUUUUGAUAAAAACCACGUUCGUGGAUACUCCGAAAUGGCGAUCUGUCUCAGUCCAUCUCUGUGAUCGGUUGGCCGCAAAUGGCACUUCGACUGAAGCAGAUUAG